UGUUUUGGAUAAUAUCUGUUUUUUUCUUUAUCUAAUAACAGUGAUUAUUAAAUCGGGUGAAACGGAAAAGUAAAUAAUGUGCAAACAAAAACGAAUCGGAGAAUCGGUUCAUUGCUGUGAAGAGUUCAUACGAACCAACUUAGUUUGAACAACUGACUAGAUAAGCAUCAGCGGUGAAAGCAUUUCCUGAAACUUUUACAAUUCAGCAAGAAAUGAGAGUCUAAGUGUGAUCUAAUGAUGAACACAUUGCCUGUCAGUUCUAUAGAAGAGCUCAUGCAACGCGUUCAAGAUCUUGAAAAGCGAGAUGUUAACAAGUAUAUUUCCACCGGUGGAGAUCACGCUUCAUUAAGUCCUGCCAGGGGGUUUUUUUGCAACAGGUUGGUUUAAGCACAAUCCAUGGCAAAUGUGUCCAACAUGUCCACCUGCAACUUAACCAUCACCGAUGGCAUCAAAAGCCUUCAGUUGGCCACAUCAAUCCCUACUUUCAUCCUCGGUGUUUUGGGGAACAUCUACGUAUUUGUGAUGUUCUGCCGGCAUCCCAGAAAAGACUGGACCAACAUGAUGAUCUACAUCACCAACAUGGCCAUCGCCGACUGCAUCGUGCUGACGAUCCUGCCCAUCAGGAUUGCAUCAUACUAUCACGCCUCGAAGAACAACCCGACAUUACAGGAACUGUGGAACUCUUCCAACAAGGAAUUGUGUUAUUUUCUCGUGUCGGCGUAUUACGUGAACAUGUACAUUAGUAUUUUCACCAUGACGGCCAUAAGUGUGGUGCGUUAUGUGGCCAUCAAGUAUCCCCUCAAGGCCAGGUAUAUUCUGUCCCGUAAGAAAGCCCUGGUGGUCUGUGCGCUCAUAUGGGUGGUCAACUGUUCGUUAAGUGCCGUUUUCCACUACGCGGAUAAUCCUAAAAAUCAAACAACAGAUUUUAAGUGCUUUCAGAAGAAUCAAGAGGGAGCGCUACCAUUGUCCUUCAUCCUGGUGCUGACCAUAGUGGGGUUCCUCCUGCCUUUUCUGAUCAUGCUUUAUUGCUCUGCCAAAAUCAUCCAUACUCUACGAAAGCAGUUAGACAUCGGAAGUCGUGCUGAUAAGAUUCAAUGCAUGUUCAUCAUCACAGCCAACUUGAUUGUUUUUGUCAUCUGUUUUUUCCCCGUCCACUUUGGGUUUCUUUUCAAAUACAUUUGGGAGAAAAGAGAGUCUAAUUGUGACAUGCAGAAUUUUGCGCACAACUUCGUCCACGGCGCCAUGUGCUUUUCUAUCAUGAACUGCGGUUUGGACAGCUUCAGUUAUUAUUUUGCGAACAAAACGAAGUGGAACAUGUGUGGCACGAAUCAAAGAAACGACGAAAAUUGCGUUUACAACAGAGUUGAGCUUAGAGACAAAGGAUAUGAUUUUUAAUUAACAUAGUUAUGAAGCUAGAAAAACCCACAUACCAACUAUCAAAAAUGUUUGCACGCCUGUUUUUGAAUGUACAUUUAUAAAGCAUUGAACUUUUCGCUCAAUUAUAAAUUGUAACCUUCACUAAAAAUACUUUCAAACGGAAACCUUCAGAAUACGGUAACAUUUUAUAACAAUAAUAAAUAUCAUUUUCUACAAUAAAGCUGUAAUCCGUAACUUUUGCCUCUCUAACGCCACCUCUGUUUGAAAUACAAAACUGCUGGUUAGGUUUACGUGCGUUAAAAAACAACUGACAUUUGCCAUUGUGACAAUUUUUUUCAACCAUAAAAAUUGUGGAUUGCUGCUUUAACACUCAGGUUUCUAUUCAUGCUUUUAAGGUAACUUUGGUAUCUGCCAACUUUUAUAACUAUUUAAAGUUUGACAGCUGGCAACAACGUCUAUGUUACAGAUUAGCAUACUGACAUAAAGAAAUGAAAGACAGUCCUUGUUUGUCUGCCAAAUACAAAUAUCCUGAGAACCUCCCUGACAUUUGAUCUUCUUGCAUUUGUACGCCAUCUGUAGCAUAAACAAGCGCAACCUGAUGGGAUGCAAACAAACCUGUGGUAGAUUUGUUUUUUAGCUCUGUAUGCUUGAAAAAUGAAACACUGCAACAUGAAAGAAUCCAAAAGCAAUUUAUUUCAUUCAGUGCCUUACUUUUCCAGUGUUCGAAUAAAUGUGAGUGAUUUAGUGAUGAUUGAGUUACGUUGUGAUGCUAGAGAUCCAGAUUUCAGUUCAGGUGUCUGAAACGCUUGCAGGUAUCGGUUCAGACAUGCUUCUCUGGUGGGCACAAAGUUGGAGAACACCUGAAAAACGAGAAAACUAUUUUAGCAUUUACUGAAAAGUUUUUGUACGAAUUGUACAAAUGUUUU